AUGGGGCAUCGUCAUCAUCAUCAUCUCCCUGAAACCCAGCACCAUCAAUCAGUGGACGGUCUGGUGAAUCUCUUUACAAAGGGUAACCAUGACCUCACAGUGAUUCAGCACAAACUCGAAAAGGAGUUCCAACAAAUCUACCCUGACAGUGCAAAUCCGAUGAAGCUUGUGUCUCGGAUCAAGAAAGUUCAAGAAGAAUUGUCAUCUAUGAAAGAGCAGUGCCGCGAACUACUCGCAGCCAAACAGGUAGAUGUAUGGUUACAUUUUCUAGAGUUCUGGUGUUAUUGUACAAUUACCCCCUCGUUGGCUGUUGAGAAAAUGUAA